CGUAAUUGACAUUAAGGUCGUAGGCAUGAUUUUGCACAAAACAUAAAGUGUAUGUAUGAAAUUCAAAUGUUUCAUUAGUGGAGGUAUGUUUUAGCACAACUGUAUAGUUUAGGUAUAAAUUUAACAUAAUGUAAUUGUGGAGGUAUGAAAAAGCGAUUUCCCGUUGCGAUUGCAUGUUUUCUUCCAAACAGAGCUAUAACAGUAGUAACAAACAAUUUGGAAAGAGAAAGGAGUUUGAGAGCUACAAGUUGAAGAAAUCGACUAGAGAGAGAGAGAGAGAUCUGGUUUUGAUUCUUCUUCGUCUUCUUCCUCAACCUCUAGGAGACUCGUGUAGAAAAAAUGUCACAGAACCAGAAUGUUUCAGAUAUGGCAACUGAUAUCGAGUCAGCAGCAGUAUUCAUUGCCGAAAACGGAGUUGAGUUUGAGAAGAAGAUCAUGGACUCGUUUCCAGGUUUCAGCUUUUUGAUGAGCUCUGAUCCUAAUCACGGAAUUUACCAGAAGAAGCUUAUGGAAUACAGAAAUUGAGCUCACAAGAAUGAUUUUGAUAUAAGUAGCACUACCAAAAUCAUUCAGCCACCUCCAGGUAGUAUCAAAACUCUUAUUGAGAGAACGGCGCUUUUCGUUGCCAAAGGUUUGAAGGCUGAGGAAAUGAUGAUGGAAUGUAACGUAUAUAAUCCAAGUUACAACUUUAUGAGAAGAUCGGAUCCUUUUCACGCAUUUUACAAGCAGAAGCUUAACGAAUACCGUUCUCAAGUGGGUGAUGAUGAUGCUACUGAUUCAGAAGUUGAUGAUGCUGCAGAACAACCCCGUACUCGGCCUCAAUUCAUAGAACUGCCUGAUUUUCUACUGUUUUGUAAUCCUCCAGGGAUGUCUCUCAAGGAGCUUGAUACUAUUAAGCUCACAGCACACUUUGUCUCGUGGUAUGGGGCUGCUUUUUGGUUGGGUUUGGCAAAAAGAAAGAUACCUGAGCUUCAGUUUAUGGAUCCAGAUGAUAGCAGGUUCAAAUGUUUCAGUGAGUUUGUUGGUGCGUAUUCAAAAGUGUUAAAGCCCCCCGCUGGUUUGAAACAAGAGCUGAGAAAUAGUGCUGCUUAUACUGCCACCAUUAUUGAUGCUUUUCUCCAACGUCUUAAAUGGGAUCCUGUCCAGCACUAUGAAUGGCUUCAGAGAGGAGUGAAGGCUAUGCUUGAUUGGCAUGCUUCUGUGACCAAAGAUCUGACUAACAAGGACCAGAAUCCACAAAUGCAGCAGUCUCCUCCCAGAAUCCACAAAUGCAGCAGAAUAGUGCUGCUUAUACUGCCACCAUUAUUGAUGCUUUUAGUACAUGUUUAAAACUCUCUCUCAUCUCUACAGUGACUUUAGUUUGUGUUGGGAUACUCGUGGUCAUGGACUCAUGGUUUAGUUCUUUUUUAAUUAGUGCACAGUCUGGUUUCUCUUCCAAGGUUUUUAAUAGUUUUAACAACUGAUUGAUUUGAUAAACAGAUUUGACUUGUAAAAUAAAUUACCAAAUAAAU